AUGGACCUAAUUCAAGCUGUAAAAUUAUAUAUAAUAAAGAUGACUGAAGACUGUGGUCCUGGAAUGAAAGUACUACUUAUGGACAAAACCACUACAAGUAUUGUUAGCGCAGUUUUUAGUCAGUCAGAAAUUCUUCAGAGAGAAGUAUAUUUAUUCGAACAACUAACAUCAACUAGUAGUUCAGACAGCAUGUAUCAUAUGAAAUGUAUUACAUUCUUACGGCCAACUAGAGAAAAUAUAUCUUUGUUAUGCAAAGAGUUACGUAAUCCUAGAUACGGUUAUUACUAUAUAUAUUUCAGUAAUAUAAUUUCAAAAACUGACAUCAAGACAAUUGCUGAAAGUGAUAUCCAAGAAGUUGUACGGGAAGUGCAAGAAUAUUAUGCCGACUACUUAGCAAUAGCACCUCAUCUUUUUUCGCUCAACAUUCCCUCUUGUGGACAAUGUUUGUCCUGGGAUCCACUUCAGCUUACACGAUGUACUCAAGGAAUUAUUUCUGUUUUAUUAUCAUUAAAAAAAAAUCCAUUGAUACGGUUCCAAGCUUCUUCGAAAAUGAGUAAACAACUUGCUGAAAAAGUCAAAGUAAUAUUUUCAAAAGAAGAAAAUCUUUUCAAUUUGAAACAAGGUGACAUACAACCACAAUUACUAAUUCUGGAUAGAAGGGAGGAUCCAGUUACUCCACUAUUGAUGCCGUGGUCUUACCAAGCUAUGGUUCAUGAGUUGCUUACUAUAAAUAAUAAUCAAGUGGAUUUAAGUCAUAUUGAAGACAUAAAACCAGAUCUUCAUAAAGUAUUAUUGUGUGCUGAACAAGAUGAUUUAUACAAACAAAAUAUAUAUAAAAAUUUUGGUGAGAUUGGUGAGAUAAUGAAAUCUUUAAUUGAUGAUUUUAAGUCCAAAGCAAAAAAUCACCAAAAACUUGAUACCAUAUCAGAUAUGAAAGCUUUUGUUGAGAAUUAUCCGCAAUUCAAAAAAAUGUCUGGUACAGUUGCUAAACAUGUAAUAAUUAUGGAACAACUAUCGAAUUAUGUUACAAAAAAAAAUCUCUUGGAAGUAUCCGAAUUGCAGCAACAAAUUGCUUGUGAUAUUCAAUCUUCUCAACAUACUCAGAAAAUUAGAGAACUUAUUGAAAAAAAUAUACCAGACGAGGAGGCGAGUAAACUUGUUAUGUUGUACGCUUUAAAAUCGUUCAGCAAGGAUAGUAAUAGAGAAUUAACUAGUUUAAUACAAAUAUUAAAAUCAAAAAAAGUUGCCGAUCAUUGGAUAGAGCUUGUACAUGAUGUUAUGAAAUUCCAAAGUAAAAUAAUUUUAGAUAAUGAAAAUACAUUAAAAAAUGCGAAACAAAUAACAAAAAGAUUCUAUAAGGACUUGAAGGGUGUUGACAAUAUAUUUACUCAACACGUUCCACUGAUGAAGGAAUUAGUUGAAGAUUUGAUAAAAUCAAGAUUAAAAGAAGAACAAUACCCAUUCUUAAGUGACAUAAAUCAACCUACAAAAAAGUAUGAGGUGCAAGAUAUAAUUGUUUUUGUAAUUGGAGGUGUUACAUAUGAAGAAUCAAUGGCAAUAUACAAUCUGAACACAGCUAACCCACAGGUUAGGAUUAUAUUGGGUGGUAGUACGGUACACAAUUCCUCAAGUUUUUUAAAUGAAGUAAAAUUGGCUACAUUUGGAGUGAUAAAGAGCAGAGGUGGAUCUCGAAAAUUAUAA